AUGGGCUUCAUUUUGAUUUGCAUCUUCAUAUUGGUUUUGAUACUGGGGUUCACCACUAAAUGGCGUUACUCAGUUUCAACAUUUUUCGGGGCUAUUCUCGCCAUAGUAUACAAGAUAGUAGAUUCUCAAGGUCAGAAGAUACCUGGGCCAUCAUGGGAAUGGCCGCAUGGCCAAUUUGUGGAUAAAUUCAUUGAUGGAAAAUCCAAAAGCUCACUUUGGUAUGGGUAUGGGCCUGUGUAUCGAAUAUGGUGUCGUACCAUACCGGAAGUUGUCUUGACGAGCUCAAUAGACAUGAAAGAGUUUUAUUCCGAUGCACGCGUACACGAGAAGUCUCGUUCCAGCAAUGGGGGCUGGUAUUUUCAUCAGAUCUUAGGAGAUUGCCUAGGUCUCAUCAACGGCUCGAGACAUAGAAGACUCAGGAACAUUUUUGAGUCCCACUUCACUCGCCGAGCAGUUGCUCAUCGAUACUCUGAUAUGAAUGACUACUCCCUAUCUUUCCUUCAAUCAAUAUCUCCAACCGAAGGCAACGAAAGCUCUGUCCUUCAUGCAUCUAGUGCAUUUAUGAAAUAUCCCCUAUUGUGUACGGCCGAAAUCAUCUACGGUCCCAUGGAAGGAGGCGAAAAAAACGAACUCUGCGAGAUUGGACCUGGGAGAUUGAACUUGAUGCGAUAUGUCUUGAGCUAUACGUCAUUCUGCACUGGUAUAACAGCGAUAUAUGAGCUUUCAAAUUUCAAACGCCGAUGGAAAGAUUUCAAUGCUAAAAUGGCAGGCACGCGAGGGAUCUCAUCUCCUUCAACGCCUAUAGUCACCGCGUGGCGAUCUAUUGAGCGGAAGGAAGUCACAGAAAAUGAAGUUCUUCAAACACUAGAUGAGAUGCUCUUCACUAAUUUGGACGUCACGACCAAUGCGUUAACAUGGCUAAUAAUUCUUCUCGGCGAGAUUACUGAAUGUCAAUCUAAACUACGAAAUGAAAUCCAUGACUCGAUUGAUAUUGAGGCCUAUUGCAAUCGACGAGACACAUUUUUGCAUUUUUGUUUUCUGGAAACUCUACGCGUUCGUCCCAUAGCAGCCUUCACAAUGCCUGAAUCAUCGCCAAUGGACAAGGUUUUGGGCGGAUUUCUGGUCCGACCGGGCACCUCAGUCACCAUCGACACCCUACAGAUAAAUAAUGGCAAAGAAUUUUGGGGUUCCGAUAGCGCAGAUUUUCGACCAGAGCGAUUUGCAGAUAUCGAUCGAAGCGCUUUAAAAUACAAUUUUUUCACAUGGGGAUUUGGAAAUCGUGAUUGCCUUGGGCAGCAUUUGGCUGAACUUUCAAUCAAAAUCAUGGUUGCCAAUCUUGUCAAGGGAUAUGAAGUCACGAUUUGCGAAGCACAAAAGUCAGAUGGAGAAUUCAGAUUAGCGAAGAAUAGUUGGGUUCCACUUUCUGAUGUGCAUAUUCGGAUAUCUAAGUUAUGA